AAACCACACACUCACCUCUCUCUCUCUUCUGCCCUAAUGCAAAUGAUGGCAGCUCUGAAUUUAGUAUUCUUGGCUGUUGUGUCACUCUUUCUCAUCAUUCUCAUUUGCUUAAGCCACCUAGCCCUUGGCCUUCAAACUCCUCUGGAAACUGCCUUACCCCCUCAAAAUGAAACUGACAGGCUAGCAUUGUUAGCCUUCAAGGAUCAAAUACUUGAAGAUCCAUUUGAAGUCAUGAGUUCUUGGAACGAGUCUCUCCAUUUCUGCAGUUGGAGGGGUGUUUCAUGUGGCCACCGACACAAGGGUAGAGUUACCAACUUGAAUUUAGCAGGUCAAAAGUUGGUUGGUUCGAUAUCAUCCCACAUUGGAAACCUAUCAUUCCUAAGCCAAAUCAACCUCGGUCACAACUACUUCAAAGGGGAGAUUCCUCAAGAGAUUGGUCAUUUGCUCCGGUUGAGAAUUCUCAAUCUCAGUUCUAAUGUCCUUCAAGGUGAAAUUCCAAGCAAUUUGGCACUUUGCUCAAGAUUACAAGAUGUCUAUUUUAUGGAGAAUGGCCUUACUGGCGAAAUUCCUGUUGCACUUCGAAAUCUUUCAAAAAGUGUACGCACUAUCCACUUCUCCAAAAAUCAAUUAAUUGGAAGCAUCCCACAAUGGUUGGAGAAUGCGUCUUCACUUGAAAUAUUGGCUUUGGCAAGAAAUAAUAUACAUGGAAGCAUCCCUGCAGAGCUUGGCAGAGUUCCAAAGUUGGAUAAACUAGAGCUAUCUGAAAAUAACUUAUCAGGGAGGGUACCUGUUUCUAUUUUCAAUAUUUCAUCACUUUCUGUGCUCGGCUUGGGAUGGAACCAAUUGCAAGGUACAAUCCCAUCUAAUAUCUUCUGUACAAUUCCUAAUCUUUGGGGUUUUGUUAUCUCCGCAAAUUUUUUUUCUGGGAAGUUGCCAAUUUCAUUACAAAAUGCAUCUAUGCUACAAAUAUUUUCUGCCUCAAUGACCAAUUUGGGUGGAGUCAUACCUUCCAACCUUGGAGGCUUAAGAUAUCUUGUAUACUUUUCAUUGUGUUGUAAUCGGUUGGAAAGUGAGGAUGAAGGUUUAGGGAUCUUGACAUCUUUAACCAAUUGCACCUAUCUCAGACAAUUUGAAAUGGCAGAAAACUAUUUGAAAGGUGAAUUGCCUAUUUCAAUUGCCAAUCUUUCAACUAGCCUUAAAGUUUUGUCCAUAGCAGACAAUGAAAUUUCAGGUAAAAUCCCUGAGGGGAUUGGCAACCUAGUUGGCUUAACCUUUUUGCAAAUGACCAAGAACUAUCUUAAAGGUGAAAUCCCUUCUAGUAUUGUCAAACUAGAAAAAUUAUCUGCUCUUUCUCUCGGUCAAAAUAGAAUUUUCGGGCCCAUCCCAUCAUCACUUGGAAAUAUCACCCAGUUGCUUGCAUUGGAUUUGGCAGAAAAUAAUUUGACUGGCACAAUUCCUAUCACCUUAGGAAAUUGUUCUCAACUUCUAAAACUUUACCUUGGUGAAAAUUACCUCAUUGGGGACCUACCAAAACAACUCUUGAGCAUAUCUUCAUUCAUAAUCCUUUCUUUGAGGGAGAAUUCUUUUAUAGGACAAUUGCCCUUAGAGGUGGGGAACAUGACCAACCUUGUGACAUUUGAAGUUUCAAACAAUAAAUUGUCAGGAAAAAUUCCAAGCACCUUGGGAAAUUGUUUGAUGUUGGAGGAUCUUUGGAUGGAAGACAACUUAUUUGAAGGAGACAUCCCACCCUCUCUAAGUCUUUUGAAAAGCCUUGUACAUCUUGAUCUUUCAAGAAACAAUUUAUCUGGUCAAAUUCCCAAAUUCCUCCAAAAUUUCACUUUGUUGCAAAAUCUGAAUUUGUCAUUUAACAGACUAGAAGGAGAAGUACCACAAGGAGGAGUAUUUAAAAAUGUAAGUGCCAUUUCAAUUGCUGGAAAUCAAAAACUAUGUGGAGGUAUUCAAAAACUGGGACUCCCUCCGUGCAAGGCCCAAGACUUGAAGAAGAAAGAGUUGUCUAAGACUCUGAAAGUGGUGAUCCCAAUAAUUAUCUUUAGCUUAAGCAUUAUAAUAACCUCUCUUGCUUUUUGUUGUUGGAAGAGGAGAUCUAAAAGGAGAGCUUCUACCAUGAUGCUAGAGCAUGGACAAUUUCCGAAGAUAUCUUAUGCAGAGUUGAGUCAGGCAACCAAUGAGUUCUCACCAUCUAAUCUGAUUGGUGAGGGAAGUUUUGGCUCCGUGUACAAAGGAAUUCUAGGUCAAGAUCAAAUGUCAGUGGCAGUGAAGGUGCUAAACCUCAAGCAGAAAGGAGCUUCCAAGAGUUUUAUGGCUGAGUGUGAAGUGCUGAAAAAUAUUCGACAUCGAAAUUUAGUCAAGAUUAUAACUGUUUGCUCAAGUAUAGACUUCAAAGGAAUUGAUUUCAAGGCUUUAGUUUACAAACUCAUGAAAAAUGGAAGCUUAGAGAUGUGGUUGCAUCCAAAUGAAGACCAAGUUGGUGAGUAUAGUUUAAAUCUCAUUCAAAGACUUGAUAUAGCCAUCGAAGUGGCUUUUGCAAUUGAAUAUCUUCAUGACCAUUGCCAACCAUCAAUUGUUCAUGGAGACCUUAAGCCAAGCAAUGUUCUAAUUGAUGAGGACUUUGUUGCUCACGUGGGAGAUUUUGGUCUCGCAAGAUUUCUACCCAUUUCUUCUCAACAAAGUAGUUCCACUGGUGUAAAAGGAACAAUUGGCUACAUAGCCCCAGAAUAUGGCUUGAGCAACAAGACAUCCAAACUUGGAGAUAUAUACAGCUUUGGAAUUCUCUUGUUGGAGAUGAUUACAGGAAAAAGACCAACAGAUUCAUUAUUUAAGGACAAUUUCACCAUUCACCAGUUCGUUAAAACAGCACUGCCUGAGAGGGUAACGGAUAUUUUAGAGCCUUCACUACUGCAGGAGAUACAAGAUGAUGCACAUUCAGGAGCAAGGAAUCGAGGAACGAAAGUUUGUAUUUUGGAGAGCUUGAUCGCAGUGGCAAGGGUAGGAGUCCUCUGCUCAAUGGCAUCACCAAAUGAAAGAAUGGAGAUGAAAGAAGCCAUUGCAGAAUUGCGUGCAGUUAAAGACAAGUUCGUUGGUCGUAGAAUCUAAUUCCCAUUAGUUGGUUCCAUAAAUAAUUCUACACAAGGUUUGAUUUGAUUGCUCGAGCAUUCUAGCUCGUUUGAUGCUCUAUUUACUUCUUUUUUUUUUCCUUUUUUUUUGAAAUUGAACUUGUACUUUUGAUGUUAGACCAAGUUACAUGAAAUGAAUAUAGCUUAUGAUUUCCC